GUCAGCGAUGCGACUGACGCUCCCCUACCAAUACCAGUAUUGUGUGGGAACCCUGCAGAAUCCUUCACCCUCGUUCCGUUUCAUUCCUGAACACGACCACGAUGCCAUGCCAUUUUUAGUCCCGGCGCUCCGAAAGCCAUGUCGCGACACAACACUCGAUCCUAGGUAGUAACCACAGCGAGCGCGACGCCGACACCACACUGCUUCCCCCAUAGACGCCACGCGUCUCCCGGGAUGCGCUGCCUGCCGCCAUGACAGAAUCGCAAGAGAGUCAUAAAGCCAUCGCUAGAUGGACGAGCCGGGUCAUCCCGGCCAUCCUUGCCGGUGUUCUUGGUUACGCGACAUACGUUGUCGUAUCGCGACUCUGCAUUGAAUAUUUAUCGAAAGAGAGGGGAGAAACUGGCACCGCCAUUGCCGUAUCGAUUCUCUAUAUUCUUUUCCUCUUCUUGUCCUUGGUGACAUACAUCCGGACGAUAUGGACCAUCAACACCGACACUGGACUUGUACCACUCGGCCCAGAGGCUCAGAGAGCCCGAACCGGAGCAGAAAAAUCUAUAUCGAAGGGAGGCAAACGAUCUGGACGGCGCGCCGACGAUCUUGAAUCCCAACCCUAUCAGCCAGGCCCCGAUCAAGACCCGGACAGCCCGGGACUGGAGAGGUUCUACAGCAAAAACGCGUUCAUCUGUGAGAACGAUGGUCGACCCAAGUGGUGCUCAGAAUGUCGCAACUGGAAGCCGGAUCGCGCGCAUCACUCCAGCGAGAUUGGUCGGUGCGUACUGAAGAUGGACCACUACUGUCCAUGGGUUGGUGGGAUGGUUUCCGAGACUUCAUUCAAAUUCUUCUCUCAGUUUACAUGCUACUGUGCGGCCAUGUGUGCUGUUGUGCUAUCGACGGCGGCAUAUUGUUUGGCCAGACAACAACAGGAGGGACGAUCUCUGGACGGGCAGAUCGUCGCGGUCAUCGCACUCUCCGCCUUUUUCGGCCUCUUUACCUUCACGAUGACGACGACAUCGUGGUAUUACGUCUUUCUUAACGUUACUAAUAUCGACAUGCUUAAGAAGGCAUGGGUUUAUCAGGUGGCUGUUCGCGUGCCGCGCGGGACUCCAUCCAGCCAGCACUUUUCAACCGUCACAUAUCCUUUGCCCAGACACAGCGAGACGCCCAGCAGUCAGAGUAGCGGGGGCACCAUCUUGCCAACCUCGUCUGCGCCGCACUCUGGUGGACAGCAAUUGUCAGCGAGAGACCUUGCUGCCACACGAACAUUCGCCAUACUGCGUACAGAGCCCGAUGAGAAUCCUUGGGACCUCGGGUGGAAGGAGAACUGGAAGCAGGUCAUGGGAAACAGUAUCAUUGACUGGCUGCUUCCCAUUCGGAAAUCACCUUGUGCGCUUCACGAGAACGCGGACAGUGAUUAUCCCAUGGGUCAUGUACUGCAAUCACUGGCGAAACGGAACCGAAUACCAACCUUGGCGGAUGAAGAGGGCAUCCUCACAGAAAUGUACGAGGUAAGGAGCGCUCAACGAGGAAGUUGAAAUCACGAAGAUACCCAGUCAUACGACACGACGCAGCGCAGCGCCAGGUUUAGAAGCACACGUGUAAUUCCCUUUGUGUGUGUUGGGCAGGGAUGACAUGGCGAGACCAAACAAAACCACCAGAUAAUUCUUAAUGAUUAGCCUCUAUUUUCACACUA